GAGGAGGUUAAAGAGGAGAUGGUGAACAUCGUUAAGAAGAAGGUAGUGAAGAGGGUGAUAGAGAGCGUGUCUCAGGUGGGGAUAAAGAGUGAGGUGAGGGAGGUAGAGCCCGUGGUGAAGAUGGACACACGUUUCUUCGGAGAGCUGCUGGCGGAGGUUUACAGGAAGAACUGUGACAUCCACACCUGCAUCUCAGAACACGUGGCCAAGAUACGUGGAAGGAAACACCUCUUAGAUCCCAGUAAUGACUACAAGGUAGAGAGAGAGGACAUUGAGGCCCUGAUCCCCAAAGGAGCAUCUGAGCUGACCAAACAGCAGCUCCGCUACCUGCUGCAGACCCGUAUGACAGCUGACAAGACCAUGCGUCUCCUUCUGACUACCUUCAGCAGUCUGAGGGAGGAGCUGAUCCACAUGGCAGAAGAUCUGAGGCGUCUGGAGAGUGAGAAGGAGUCCCUGGAGAGAGACCUGAGCUUCAAGGCUGACCAGGCUGAGCAGUAUGACCGCCUCCUAGAAGCCAUACGAGAGAACAACAGACAGCUACAGAUAUCUCUGAAGGAGACCAGCUCCAGCCAGCGGACCCUGGAGACUCAGCUCCUGAGCAGCCGCACUACAGACUCAAACAGGGACUUCCGCAUCAAAGAACUGGAGGGCAGCUACCGAGCCCUGGAGAAGGAAAAUGAGAUGCUCAAACAGAAGUUGGCUGGCCAGUGCAGCAGUAGCACCAUUCAGAUGAAUACAGAGGAGCUGUCGCGUCAGUACUCAGAGCAGCUAGCUGCCCUGCGCCAGGAGAAGGACAAGGAACUGCAGAGCCUCAGGACCCAGCUGACGCGGAUCACCACAGAGUACACCACGGAGAGGUCAGGUGACAAGAGCCUGCAUCUCCGCAUCACACAGCUGCUGACAACACUGGAGCAGCGGGAGGUCGUCAUCAAACGUCAGGAAGAGGAGAUCUGGCGGUUGCAGCAGGAGAAGAAGAGAGACAGCUCCAAGAACGUCACCACGACCACUAUCACCAAAAGGUACAGGAACCAGUACCCCCUCCUGGGCCUGCUAACUGAUGACUACAAUUCCACAUCGCCCGUCAAGGAUACCAAGACCAUCGUAAUCGAGACCCGGACGGGGGAGAUGAUCAAACAGGAAAUCAUUACAACCCCUUAAAGACACUGCUUCUCUCGGACAAAUUACAACCCCUUAAAGACACUGCUUCUCUCUGCUCUGCACAGGAAUGAAUGACAAGAAGACCUUGACACCCUCCCCCCAGCAUGCUUCCCUCUCCCCGUCACUCCUCCUCGGGGCUCCCAGGGUGGUGGUGGCUGGGGUUAGGCACCCCUAUAUAUGGGAUGGGUGGUUUGGACCAAAUGGGGUUUGCUUGGACAGGAGGCUUCACUUUGGUUGGGAUGGGGGGCAUCAAAUACUCAACAACCAAAUAUGUUAUAGUAGAAGCUUAGCGGUUAAGAGUUAGGCCAGUAACCAAAAAGGUUGCUGGUUCGAAAUCCCUGAGCAGACUAGGUGAAAAAUCUGUCUGCCCUUGAGU